GUCUGCGCACGGGCACGCGCAGGGGAAAGGAGUGGGACUGGGAGCAGCUGUGGUAAAUGUUCCAGCAGCGCACUCAGCUCACAAGAAACGGGAAAGUUGGGCAGAAGGUUCGGCCUUAACGCGGUCACCGAGUCGGAAUGAAGAACCAGAGCAGUGUCGGAUACUAGGAGGCAACUGCAGGACCGAGUCCGAUAACAGCUCGGGGCCUUUUCUGGAACUCUUUGGAAACAAAAUAAGAGCCCACAGAAAAGCCUGGCGCACUCACUCACUCACUCACAAUAAAGCCACACACUCACUCAGACAGACAGACAUUCCCGUCAAGUGGACCGACUGCGAGCGAAAACUGGCGCUGAGGCAACUCGGGAACUGAUUUAUUCUCCGGGUUCUGUUUUUUUUUAUUUGACAUUAUUUCAUCUUCGUGUCAUUUUCCCCGUCGAAACCUCGAAACUCAGGAAACAAUGAAGACAUAACUCAUCCAGAGUACCGUCAGCUAGCUUUGGCUAGCUCGCUAGCUAGCUAUCGUGUGUGGACUACUAGCCAGUGCUAGCUAGCUAGCUAGCUAACGGGAGGCGUGCGGUGUUUACUGUGAAAAGUUUUGGGCGACGCUUGAGAGAUCAGACGAGCGUUCUGAAGAAGAGGAGCAGGUUCUCCUGUUGGGUCGCGUUUUAAUGGACGCCGAGGUGCGGAACGAAGGCAGGAGCACAGUGGCAUCGGACGGUCGAGGCCCCGAAUCGACCCAGUUUCCGUUUUAUGCCAAACCGACUCGAGUGCGCGUGAGUGAGCUGUGCCAAGCCGCAGUGCCGAGCUACCGGCCGCCGUCCGCCCCGUCUCCUGACGCCCUCAGCAGCGCUAUGAUCUACCCUGUGCCCGGAGAAGAGCUCACUCGAGCCGGGUCGAGCUCAGGACCAGGUGGAGGCUGCUGUUCUCCGGGCUCGGAGGGACCCGAGAGCCGCACAUCACCCAGCUCAGCGGCUCCGGACGGGCCUUCAGGAUUCCCGCCGCUUCCGCCGCCUCCUCCGCCGCUGUUUCCCGGUUCCGGAGUCCACGGCAGCAUGGAUGAAGGCGACCAGCAGGACGGAGCGGAGUACGAGGAAGAGGAGGCUGUGUUUCCCCUCUCCGCGCCACCCACGAACCAAUGGUACCAUGGGAAACUGGACCGGACCAUUGCAGAGGAGCGGCUGCGCAAAGCCAAGACACCAGGCAGCUACCUGAUCAGGGAGAGCGACCGGAGGCCUGGCUCCUUCGUGCUGUCCUUCCUCAGCAAGACCAAUGUGGUCAACCACUUCAGGAUCAUUGCCAUGUGUGGGGAUUAUUACAUUGGUGGGAGACGUUUCUCAUCCCUCUCAGACCUCAUUGGUUAUUACAGCUAUGUGUCUUGCCUACUGAAAGGUGAAAAGCUGCUAUCACCAGUGGCUCCACCAGAGCCUGUGGAGGAUCGGAGAAGAGUGAGGGCUAUCCUUCCAUACACCAAAGUGCCAGAUACAACCGAGAUCAGUUUCCUCAAAGGAGACAUGUUUAUUGUUCACAAUGAACAUGAAGAUGGCUGGAUGUGGGUGACCAAUGUCCGAACAGAUGAACAAGGCCUUAUAGUGGAAGAUCUGGUGGAGGAGGUGGGACGAGAGGAGGAUCCCCAUGAGGGCAAAAUCUGGUACCAUGGGAAAAUCAACAAACAAGAGGCGUACAAUUUGCUGAUGACAGCAGGCCAGGUGUGCAGCUUCCUGGUGCGGCCGUCGGACAGCACACCGGGAGACUACUCGCUUUUCUUCCGCACUAGCGAUAACAUCCAAAGGUUCAAAAUCUGCCCCACCCCUAACAACCAGUACAUGAUGGGCGGCAGAUAUUACAACAGUGUUGAUGAUAUCAUCGAACAUUACAGAAAAGAGCAGAUUGUCGAAGGCUAUAACUUGAAAGAUCCAGUUUCAAAUCAGCAACAAGAACAAGUACUCUGUAACGCCGUCGAUGAGACUCGAGAAAUUUACAAAACUAUUCGGCGAAAAACAAAAGAUGCGUUCUACAAGAACAUUGUCAAGAAAGGAUACCUCUUGAUUAAUAAAGGCAAAGGAAAGCGCUGGAAGAAUCUGUACUUCAUCCUGGAGGGCAAUGAUGCUCAACUUAUCUACUUUGAGAGCGAGAAACGAGCCACCAAACCCAAAGGGCUGAUCGACCUCAGUGUGUCCUCAGUGUACUGUGUGCAUGACAGUCUGUUUGGCAGGCCAAACUGUUUCCAGAUUGUGAUUCAGCACUUUAGUGAAGAGCAGUGCAUUUUCUACUUUGCGGGAGACACGCCUGAUCAGGCCCAGGACUGGAUGAAAUGCCUACAAACCUUCUGCAGUAACUUAAGGAAGCAGACACAGUCCACUUCAAACAAGCGUCUACGACAGGUGAGCAGCUUAGUGCUGUAUGUUGAAGAGGCGCACAAACUUCCCAUUAAACAUUUCACAAACCCAUACUGUAACAUCUACUUGAACAGCGUGCAUGUAGCCAGGACUCACCCGAGAGAUGGCCAGAACCCGGUCUUCACCGAGGAGUUCAUCUUUGAUGACUUAUCCAGUGAAAUAAACCGAUUUGAAAUCAGCUUAAGCAACAAGACUAAGAAGAGCAAAGAAAGUGAUAUUUUGUUCAUGCGCUGCCUUCUGAGCCGGUUGCAGAGGGGACAGAUGAUUGACGAAUGGUUUCCGUUGAGCUCUCAUGUGCCUCUGAAGGGAAUUGAGCCAGGCUCCUUGCGUGUGCGAGCACGCUAUUCCAUGGAGAAAAUCAUGCCAGAGGAAGAGUAUAAUGAAUUCAAAGAUGUGAUUCUGCAAAGAGAUUUCCACGUGAUCUAUGCGCUGGCUCAUGUGUGUGGGCAGGACCGCACUCUACUGGCCAGCAUCCUGCUCAAGAUCUUCAGGCACGAGAAAGCCGAGGCUCCACUACUCAGGACUUUAAAUGACCGAGAGAUUAAUAUGGAAGAUGAAGCCACCACUCUGUUCCGUGCCACCACGCUGGCCAGCACACUGAUGGAGCAGUACAUGAAGGCUACAGCCACGCCCUUUGUCCAUCAUGCCCUCAAAGACACCAUUCUGAAGAUUAUGGAGAGCAAGCAGUCCUGCGAGCUGAACCCAUCUAAACUGGAGAAGAACGAGGAUGUAAAUCUGAACCUGAACAACCUGCUCUUCAUCCUCUCUGAGCUGGUUGAGAAGAUCUUCAUGGCUGCUGAGAUCUUGCCUCCAACUUUGAGGUUUAUAUACGGGUGCCUUCAGAAGUCCGUGCAGCAGAAAUGGCCCACUAACACUACAAUGCGGACCAGAGUUGUGAGUGGUUUCGUCUUCCUGCGAUUGAUCUGCCCUGCGAUUCUCAACCCCAGGAUGUUCAACAUCAUCUCUGAUCCUCCUUCUCCAACUGCAGUGAGAACACUGACGCUUGUGGCCAAGUCAGUCCAGAACCUGGCCAAUCUGGUGGAGUUUGGGGCCAAGGAGCCCUACAUGGAAGGAGUGAAUCCAUUCAUCAAGAAUAACAAACAACGCAUGAUCAUGUUUCUGGAUGAGUUGGGAAAUGUCCCUGACUUGCCUGAUGCUUCAGAGCACUUUAGGACCGAUCUGUCCCGAGACCUCGCUGCCCUGCACGAGAUCUGUGCUGCUCACUCGGAUGAACUCCGCACCUUGAGCAACGAGAGAGGAGCACAGCAGCACGUGCUGAAAAAGCUGCUGGCCAUCACGGAGCUCCUCCAGCAGAAACAGGUGCACUACGCCAUGUCCAACAGCAACAGGUAGUUCCAUUUCCCGCUCUCUUUGUCACUCCAUCUGUCUCCGUCUCCAUGGAGUAGCCAGUGGGAUCCCAGCAUGCUCCACCUUCAUCACCAUGGCAACCUCUAUCCCUGACUAUUUAGCCACUUCCCCCUUCCCUUCCUUUUCCACCAUGCCAAGAUAACUAUGCAACUACAGCAGUGAAACAAAAAGCCUGGGGCUCGAGUCCCACACUGACAACUCUUAAGCUAUUCCCACAGCAACUUCAAGUUUGACUGUGCCCCUUAAUAUGGGUACUUGUUUGUUUGGUUUUGCUUUUUCUUCAACCUAAACGGGUCCCAGUAGCGACCCAUAAAGCUCAGCGUACCAUUGAACAGCCAUUGCCAAAGUGUGUGUUUGUCUGCUUGAUAAUAAAACUCAACUGACGAGGCUGCAGCGAUAUCUAUAACUGGAUUAUGAGCUAUAAUGCUUUUUAUACUGUAAUUUGUUACUGAUUUACAAGGUUAUGAAUAUACAAAAUUGUGCUCAAACUAGUGUUUUUGUUUUUUCUUUUUUCCAUUUACUUACGAUUGUGGUGUAGACAGGAUUUUUUAAAGAGAUUAUGAUUAUUUUAUAUCAGAACAAUAAAUUCUCUUGCUGGAAUCAUGAGUAUAUAAUUUGAGUUCUCUCCCCUGCUUCUGUGUAUUAUUAUAUAUUUUUUGAUUUGGUUCACUCUUCCCUAAGCUAGGGAAGAAGAAAUGAGAUGUUUACAGCCGUAAAAUUUACAAUAGUACAGACUGUAUGAGGAAUGCAUGCACUUAUUAAAACUUUAUAAAGUACUGACUGAUUCAGACUGGACUGUGGCGUGAUUAACAUUGAUCAGGCAUGAAGGUUCCUUUGCACUUUUUUUUGGUACCUGUGUGUUUGUAUUCUUUCACAACCAGAAAGGAUACAAAAAUGGUUUAAUUUUCAGCAGUUUAUUUUUCAGUCCCUGUUGGACAGUACAACUCAAGCAGACAAUUAUUGCCUAGUUAUUUACAAAAAUAGAAAGCACUGGCUUCUGUUUCUCACCUCGACUAAGGCGCUAAGUGAAUCUGUACAUUUAAUGAACCGUAUGUACUAGCCAUGCUACAAAACAUCCAGGUCUUCAUCGGUCCACUCCUACAACGCAAUAAAGCUUUUAUUAGAUUCCCUGAAAUGAAGCCGAUGCUCCAAAGGAACUGACGGAAAUAAAGGAGUCAUCGCUUACCUCUUCAGUAACCAGGGGCUUUUUCACAACGUGGUCGUCAUCUUCAUAGCCAUGCUUCCUUUUCCUGGAAAACAUGGCCAGAAUGCAUCCUUUAAACCAAACUCGUAGAGGCUAGUUUAGAUUUACAUCAUUGCUGUACAUCUCUGAGCAUGCAAGUACAUUCCUUCCAUGUGUAGGCUUAAACUCAUGUCCAUGCAUCAUGUAGAUUUACCGUAUUUUCUGGACUAUAGAGCGCACCUGUAUAUAAGCCGCAUCCGCUCUAUUUUUUAAAAAAAUUUUUUUAAAAAGAUAUACAAGCCGCACCGGGCUAUAAGCCGCAGAUAUCUAUGUUGAAAAAUUAGAUAUUUACUGCAUGUACAGAACGAUUUUGUACUGUACAUGUAUGUACCUGAACAGAUUCUUUCCGAACAGUGCCUUUUAACACGGCAGCAAAGCAGAACCAAGAGAAAAUAACCGGUAUUUAUUUACCUUUAUUUCUCCUGUGUUUGAAACCACAAGUCACUUUAAUCAUCUUCGCUGGAUUUGAAAAUAAUUACCAGUUAGUAAUUUGUCGUGCGUGUUCUAUCUGCUAAUUCUUCUUUGCAUUGAUUUUUCGUCUAUCUUAUUUUUGAUUCUACUUCCGGUUAGAGCGCCCCUAGCGGUGGAAGAAAAAUCCACAGAAUAGCCGCACCUUUGUAUAAGCCGCAUGGUUCAAAACCUAGGAAAAAAGUAGCGGCUUAUAGUCCAGAAAAUACGGUAUUUAGCUGAUAGCCAUCUCGUCAGGACAAGGUAGGUAGUAAAAGAUUUUAAACUUGAAUACAGAUGUAUAAACGGCAGAGAAAUGAUUAAUAGCGAAGCUGAACAAUAAUUUAAUUUGUUUCUUAGCUGACCAAUAAUCUUCAGUCCUAUGUUGCCUUGACAUUUCUUUAUUUUCCAGACCUGAAUGUACCAUCAUGGCUGCUACAAUUCAGGUGCUCUGAGGAACAUCCACUACACAUGAGUUUAUAAUGAAGACGUUUCCGUUACUGAAGAGGCAGGGUAUAGUCUACUACCGUCCCCUCAAUAAACAUGAAUUGUUGCUGAACCUCAGUCAGGGUGAAAUGCUUUAGGGACUCUAGUGAAGUCUUCUGAACUUUGAGGAAUUGCAUUAUUUUCCAGCCUCCACUGGAGUUGUUUUCCCCCCCCCCCCUUCAGCAAGCCCUUUGGAAAUAUGCUGAGCUCUGGAAAUUCAGCCAGAGAACAAGCGCCUGAACUACAAGCCUUAAGAAACCUGCACUCAAAAGCCACUGUGUAAACCUCUUCCGAAGAGUUGUCCUGAUUUAAAAAAAAAAAAAAGACCGCUGAUCCUAUCGUAGCUCCUCCUGAGCAGCUUUCCUUGACGAAAUGCUGCACCUCGGCGUUUAUCUCCAAACCAGGCAUGUGUGAUGGACGAGGUUUGCCGAGACGGAGAAAACUUUUGAAAGGACAGAUAGCUGUCGUUCCUCUGUGCAUGUGUUUACACUUGAUAAACUGCCCCCGGAUCACAUCACAUCACUUUCUGCCGCUGUCGUCCCAAAGGAAUGCAAUACUGACUGGGAGUGAUGGUUCAACUCCAACACCCAGUGCUCACCAGUUCAUGGACACUAUUUAAUCAAUAGUAGUGUGUUUUGAUUUAUGCAAGAAAUUACACUUAAUAUACAUUUUGUAACACCUCUGUAUGCUUCCUGACGUUUUGUAAAUAUUGUGUGAAACUGUUUCGAAACAGCUUUGCCAAUGAGUCAAAUCAUUUGAUUUGUCCAGUUUGAUUUGUACUCUGAGAAAAUUAACUUCUGCGCAAUUAGCCAUGUACUUACCUCCACAAACUUGAUUUCAUGACGUACCAAAAUGUUUCAAUGACUGAACGUAUUCUAGUUUAGCUGUGGUCGUCUGUGAUUGAAGCUUAGAAGCAGCAUGAUGCUGAUUGUUUUAUGUCUCCCUUGAAUUUCUGAAAGCUAUUGGGCUUUUUUUUUUUUUAAUUAUUAUUUUUCUACCUGAUGAAAGCUACAACUUUUGCAUCUAGGAUACAUGAGACAAAAAAAGUGACUGACCAGGCUCAAUAAAACUGUUUAUUAUCA